UAUUAAUUGUUCGCAGUUCAAUACAAAAUGAAGGCCUAUAACUUCAAUAUUGACAAUGAAUUGAAUUUUUUAGAAAAAGCAGAAGUUAACAUGGCAGGCAAGGGAAUGGACUAUUGGAUUUCUCAUUUAAAUUUAAAACCACAUCCGGAAGGUGGAUAUUAUACUGAAAGUUUUAGGAGUAAAGAUUUCAUACCAAGUAAAUGUACGGAAGGAAAAUUUGAUGGAAAAAGAAGUUAUUUAACUUCAAUUUAUUUCCUGUUAUCGGAUGGUAAUUUUUCUGCUUUUCAUCGUUUAAAACAAGACGAAAUUUGGAGUUAUCAUACUGGUUCAACAAUUUUCGUUCAUAUUAUUAACGAUGAUGGAUCCUACGAGAAACAUAAAGUUGGUUUGAAUAUUGAAGACGGUGAAACUCCCCAAUUUGUUAUCAAAGCAGGACAAUGGUUUUCCUAUCACGUUGAAGAGGAAAAUGGUUUUACUCUUGUUGGGUGUGUCGUUGUUCCUGGAUUUGAAUUUGCCGAUUUUGAACUUGGUAAGAGGCAAGAUUUAAUUGCCAAAUAUCCUCAACAUAAGGAUAUUAUAACAAAAUAUACAAGAAACUGACAUAAAGCUUUGAAAAUAGAGAAGAUAUCCAUACUACACCAAGAACAUCAGUAUUUAUGAACACAAUGAGAACACUUUGAACAAAAAUUCAAAAUGCAAAAUUUAAUAUCUCAACCAUUACAUUUUGACAGUAAAUUUACAAAAUAAUCGUUUGAAUUUUGUGAAUUUCAACUAUAAUUCUUCAUGAAAACUGUUACAAUUUUU